GCAAAAUUGUUGAACAUGAAACAAAAUAAUAAAAAGUCAUCCUGUUGUUGUGUUCUUCUUUCAGUGAUUCACACGCUGCAGUAUUUCUCCACUGUGUCCUCUCAAGUUCCAAACUUCCCAGAGUAUGUGGAGGUUGGUUAUGUUGAUGGAGUUCAGAUUGAUCACUAUGACAGCAACAGCAGGAAAGCAGAAGCCAAACAGGACUGGAUGAACAAAAUCACAGCAGAGGAUCCAAAAUACUGGCAGAGACAAACAGAGAUCAGUGUUGGUAAUGAGUUGACUGACAAACACAACCUUGAAGUUCUUAAGAAGCGUUUCAACCAAACUGGAGGUGUUCACAUUCUCCAGUGGAUGUCUGGAUGUGAAUGGAAUGAUGAGACUGAUGAAGUUAAAGGUUGGCAUCAGGAAGGUUAUGAUGGAGAAGAUUUCAUAUCGUUGGACAUGAAGACAUGGACAUUUACUGCAGCAAAACAACAAGCUUUCCCCACCAAACUCAAGUUGGACCAUGACAAACAUCUACUAGAAUACUAUAAGUUUUACUACACUGAGGAAUGUCCUUCUUACUUGAAGAAGUAUGUGAACAAUGGGAAGGAGGUCCUAAUGAGAACAGAGCUUCCAGAGGUGUUCCUGCUCCAGAAGACGCCGUCCUCUCCGGUCAGCUGCAUGGCGACAGGUUUCUACCCCGACGGUGCCGACCUGUUUUGGAGGAAAGACGGCGAGCAGAUCUUCGAGGACGUGGAGCACGGAGAGAUACUCCCCAACCACGACGGAACCUUCCAGAUGUCGGUGGCGCUGAAAGUGGAGGUGACGGCCGACGUGGAGGGCAAGUACGAAUGUGUGUUUCAGCUGUCAGGCGUCAAGGAGGACUUGGUCACCAAGCUGGAGAGAAGAAGCAUCCUGAGCAACGCAAGCCAUGAAGGUGAGAAAGACACAUUUAGUUGGAGAUGUUUCCCAUCACAAGUCCACCUGUCACCAUUAUUGAUCCAUGUCACCAUGACAACGCUUGACGUCUGCAUGCAAAGUAGUCAUGAAGGUUUCCUCUUCAUGCUUUGUCACUCCACUUGUGCUUUUUUGCUCUCCACAGACAACUUGAGCGUCGCCCUCGCUGCCACGGCGGCGGUCCUCGCUGUGGCGGCCAUCAUCAUCAUCAUCAUCAUCAUGGUCAUGGUCAGGCGUCACAGAAACAGACAAGCCCAGUACGAUCCAGCUGGUAAGUAAAACCUCUUUUCUUUGAGCCGCAAGAAACAAAGCCGUGGUGAAGCGUCACUCACAUGGAGGUCUGAUGUGGACCUUUGUUACAAGUUUAGCCGGAAAAGCCCAACUGGAGCUGACUCCUUCACAAUAAAAGUCCCUCCUGUGAGCACACGCAAUACAAAGUCUGGCAUAUCUCACUUUUGACAGGAGUCCUCAUGAUGAGGAUCAGCCAAAUGAGACAUCAAGUGUGCUGACUCGUCAUGUUUCCAAGUCACACCUCAAAGAUCUGAUGUGAGUGACGAGGCACCUUCUGGAUGUUCUUCCUUCACCGUUUGCGUUUGUCCCGCAGCUCGCCACGGCGGCGUGGAGCUCGACGAGAACGUGCAGGCGGCUGAAGGCUGAGUAAGCUCACAUGGACUGUCUGCACCUCCAAAUGUUCUUGUGUGAAGAUAAUGUUCAACUUGGAUUCACCUGCUUCUGUCGGGAAUGUGCUGAGUGGUCUUCUUCCUCCAGGAUGCUUUGUGCACUGGAACACAGGGAGAUGUCUCCAUCGCUGAGGGACGUCAUCACACUCGGAGAUGAGAUGGAGAUGUGCUUUGUUCUUCGUCCGACUGCUCCUCACGCUAUUCCAUGUAUUCUUCUUUGGCCGUUAAAAGACUUUCAAGAUCAAACGCUGGUGGCUGUAAAAUCGCACGUUUCAUGGCCUUGACGUCAUGACGAGGAUUUCUUCUUUUCUUUCAAUGGCCGCUGCUUAUGAUCAAUAUCACAUUGUGUCACAUCUCUGUCAAUAAAUCCGUUUUUUCUCCA